AUUGAGUAGUUUCAACCUAGUCACUCUGGUUUGACCCUCCAACCCUUUCCUCAAUUGACCAUCUUCCACUCCGCUCAGUGAUGAAAACGAUCCCUCACUGCUCAUUCCAUUGGUUGUGAACAUGAAAGCUCCAUUUUCCCUUCUUCUAGCAGCUGGCCUGACCGCAGCUGCACCCCAGCAAUGGCCCUUGUCGUUCACCACCUCUGAUCCAUCCGACAUCAUCAACGCAUCGCCUUUCCUCUCUUUCCACCGCGACCUUGUCCAAAUCCCCUCCGUCUCUGGCAACGAAACCGCCGUGGGGAUCUUCAUCUCUAAUUUUCUCGAAUCGCACAAUUUCACGGUGAUCAAGCAGCCCGUCCCCGCUCGCGACCAGGCAACGGAUACGACCACCGACACCGGCCGAUUCAAUAUCUUCGCCUACCCGUCCUCCUCUCCUUCGCAAGAUCAGCCCGAGCUCCUUCUCACCAGCCACAUCGACACGGUACCUCCCUUCAUCCCCUAUACCCUCCAUGACCACGGGAAUCGUUCCUCCCUCCUCAUGGCCGGCCGGGGCACCGUCGACGCCAAAGCUAGCGUCGCAGCCCAGAUCUUCGCUGUUCUCGAAACUUUGAAAGAGAACCCAGAGACCAGCCUGGGUCUUCUCUUCGUUGUCGACGAAGAAGUUGGCGGUUUGGGCAUGCGCGUCUUCUCAGACUCGUCGCUGAACCCGACCCCUUCGCCCUUCCGCACCGUCAUCUUCGGCGAACCCACCGAGCUGGCCCUCGUGUCCGGCCACAAGGGCAUGCUCGAAUUCCUGCUCGUAGCAACCGGUCAGGCCGCCCACUCUGGCUACCCCUGGCUCGGUCGGAGUGCGGUCUCCGCUCUUCUGCCUGCGCUCUCCCGGCUGGAUGUGCUGGGCGACAUCCCCGCUGAAGAGGGCGGCCUGCCGGCAAGCCCCAAAUAUGGCCGGACGACGGUGAAUAUUGGGCGCGUGGAUGCCGGUGUUGCCGCGAAUGUUGUCCCCGCCAGGGCGCGCGCGGAGGUCGCCAUUCGACUUGCCGAGGGCACGCCGGACGAGGCGAGAAAGAUCAUUGCCCAAGCGGUUUCGGACGCCACGGAUGGAGAUGAGGACGUCUACUGUGAUUUCGAGGUGUACAGCGGAGGGUAUCCGCCGCAGGACUUGGACACUGAUGUUCCUGGAUUCGAUAUUAUGCCGGUUAAUUAUGGCACGGAUGUGCCAAACUUGAAGGUCUCGGGAAAGGUGAAGCGCUACCUCUAUGGUCCGGGAAGUAUCCACGUCGCGCAUGGCGAUGACGAGGCAAUCACAGUUGACCAGUUGGAAGAGGCCGUGCGGGGAUAUAAGCGGCUGAUUGACGCUGCGUUACAGCGGGGAAAGUGAGUACUGGUACAGGGUUGGAGGUAUUGUGAUGAUGAAUUACGAAAUGUUGGUUCCCAUUUGCAUGGAAUGUACAAGAGAAUGGAAAUGGCUCCAAAGCCAAGCUGCAAGCUGCCAAAACGUGAAAGUUUUGAGUAUCCAAGAUAUACAAAGUCGUCAAGUAGAUUAGCACAACGAAUAGAAGGGUU